GGCGGGCCCGGCCACGGGGGGCGUGUCUCGCCACGCCCGGCCUGCCCCCACCUACGUUCCUCCUCCAGGGCGCUAGCGUGUGCCCGACGCCUGCCCCGCCUGGGACGCUGCUGGGCUCGGCUGGGCUGGGCGGCCGCUGCAUGCCGCACUGGCUGGGACAGCGGAGCCGCGCCACCUAGGUUACCCCGGUGCAUGGGAUGAAGUGAGCCUGUUGCCUGCCUGAAGAGACGACUCUGGCCCCCACAGAGCUGCCCACCAUGAGCAGGGUGCUGCUGGCAGGCAGGAUGCAGCCAGAGAGCUCCCGGAGCGUCUGUGUCUUCCUGCCCACCCGUGAGCAGCUCAGCCUAGCCGUCGGGGUCAAAGCCACUGGACAGGAGCUCUUUCAGCAAGUUUGUGAUUUGGUGAAGAUUAAAGAGCCUCACUUCUUUGGCCUCAGCAUUGUUAAAAAUAAUGAAUAUGUUUUUAUAGACCUGGAGCAGAAGCUCAGCAAAUACUUCUCAAAGGAAUGGAAGAAAGAGACCACCAAAGGAACGGAGAAAUUCAGCCCUCCUUUUGUUGCAUUCUUCAGGGUCCAAUACUAUGUAGAAAAUGGAAGAGUAAUAAGUGAUAAGGUGGCACGGCAGCUCUACUACUGCCACCUUAAAGAACGAGUACUUAUGUCUCGGUGCAACCACAAAGAAGAAAUCUACUUCUUGCUGGCUGCCUACAGCUUGCAGGCAGACUUGGGCAACUACAGGGAGAAAGUCCAUGCUGGCAAAUACUUUGAACCUCAGGCUUAUUUCCCACAAUGGAUAAUUGCAAAGAGGGGGAGUGACUACAUCUUGAAACAUGCCCCAGAGAUGCAUCGAGAACAGCAAGGGCUGAGUGCUAAGGAUGCAGUGCUGAAGUUCAUUAAGGAGUCCUGCUUGCUGGAAGAUGUGCCAGUUCACUUCUACAGGCUGCAGAAGGAUAAGAAGGAAGAUCGCCCAACGGUUAUCCUGGGUCUGACCCUGAGAGGAAUGCACAUCUAUCAGGAGGUGAAUCACGUUCGCCAGCUCCUCUACGACUUUCCCUGGUCACACAUCGGGAAGCUGGCAUUUCUGGGGAAAAAAUUUGAGAUCCAGCCAGAUGGCUUACCCUCAGCACGGAAACUAGUUUACUACACGGGCUGCCCCUUCAGGUCACGGCACUUGCUGCAGCUCCUCAGCAACAGCCAUCGUCUGUUUCUGAAUAUCCAGCCAGUGUUGAAGCAGAUCCAAAAACUGGAGGAGGCUGAAGAGAAGAAGCGUUACCGCGAGUCCUAUAUCAGUGACACUCUAGACAUGGACCUGGACCCGUGCGACAAGAACUCGCGUGGCAGCGGGAGCAGCGGCGGCAGCCGGAGGCACAACCGCCUCUCGCGCCAGUCCACGGGGAGCCACGGCAGCUCCCACACGUCGGGCAUCGAGGCCGACUCCAGGCACCGGGUGUCCGUGGAAAUGUCAGUGGAUGAGCCCUUCGGCAUUGACAGAGUGCACAGGCAAGAGAAAUCCUGCAGCUCGACCAUCAGCUACGGCAGCUCUGGCAUUGAGAGCGGCAGCAAAGGGAGGGCUGAAGAUGACUCUCAGGAUGACGAGCUUGAGCUGGCAGUAGAUGAGCCAGAGGAGGUGCCAGUAAAUGAGCCCUUAGAGGAAAAGCAGUUAGAGGAGGCCACUGUGGGAGAAUCUGUUGAAUCUCUUCCUCUAGAUGCUGCUAGCUGCCAAGCUGUAAAUGAAGAAUUGCUGCCUGUGGUACAAGUCACGCUGAUAAAAAUGAGAGGGCAAAGUGUGGAAUCGCUUCACCAGGUCAGAUCACCCAAAAGCAGGAGCUGUGCAGACCAGCACAGCCAGAGCUUGGAUGAUAUCCGCCUCUACAAGCGCCGCCACCCGCCCCUGAGUGCCGCACUGUCUUCAGACACAUCCCACAGCUACACGUUUGGCUGCAGCCUGGAGGAUAAGCUGUCUGUCUAUGGCUGUGUGUACUCCACGGUGGACUGCAAAACCAAGUCUGCCCUUUAUGGGAAGCGAUCUAUGAACUGCCUGUCCUUGGAUCUUCUGGGAGAGGACCAGCUCCCGGAGGAGUUUGUGGUGUAAUGAGAUUGGAACUCUUCCAUACCAGGAAAUGGCUCAUCAUGGAAAUAUAUACCUCAUUAACACAUGUGAUGUCAUUCUGGUUCUUGCAGGAGACUGUGAGCAGCUUGGUUAUUCUGCUCCAUAAUCAGUGACAUCACUUCUGCAGAUCUGUCUACAGGGCAAAUCGACUGGAGUGUAGCACUUAAUGGUGACAUUUGAAGUGUCUGAGCAGAAGAUGGAAGUGUCCUGCACCAUUAGCAGUGACACAACCAACAUAAAAACCAAAAACAGAGGACCAAAACACAUGCUGAGCUACUAAAGCAAACACUAUGUCCAAAUGGAUUUAUCAGAAAGACAUUUAAAGCCUUAUGUCAGUUUAUCUUCCUGCCUUUUCCUUGUGGUCCCUGUAUGUUAGUGUUAGUGUACAGUACAGAUGUGUUUUCUUGAAUUCAUGCAGCUGCAGCCCUGCCAACAGCUGCCAGGUCACAGGAUGCUCCUGAGCACAUUUGGAGGGCUGGGUAUGGAAGUACCUAGCCCGUUCCUGUUGCAAUGAACACAAGUUGCCUGUUACCUUUACUGGGAGCAAGAACCUGCUCCACCAGGAAUUUAUUUCUCUUUUUCUGUUGUUGCUGUUUUGUGUGUUCUUCUUUUUCCUUCUUUAAAUGAAACUGCCUCUCAGAUGUCUACUACAGCCAUGCUGCAGAUUGAUAAAUAAGUGCUUAUAUUUGUGGGGAGAUGGAGGAGGAGAUAAAAUGACUUGGCUGCUUUUGAGAAUACGAGUGUUAAUUGAAGAGAGGAGUGUGACUGGAGAAUUUCUCCAGGCAUGAUCGCCCCUUACUUUGUAUCAUACUUCUGUGUUGCUAUUUUCUUUGUUUUCCAGAAAGCUGUUCCUUCAGAAAUUUUUCCUCUGCUUAGGAGACAAGUUGCUUUGGAAGGAGAGAGUGGCUGUGUCCAGCUUAGUCAUGGAUAGGUCAUACAAACACAUGGUGCUGCAGGCUGGAGAUAGUGGAAGUGUAGGGCGUUGUUGUCCCAAACCAAGGGCACUUGUUCAGUGAUUUUUGCAUGGUGGAGCUGGCUGUGCUGGCUCUCGCUGAGAAAAUUCUUAUAAUUAUACUAUUUGAUUCAGGCAUUUGCUGUGGAAAACUUCCUGCUGCCUUGUUACAUCCCAGGAAUGUUUGUUUGAUUUCCUUCCCUAUAUCCUUGCAGCACAUCUUCACCUUUUCAGUACCCAGCAUUUGGGAAGGUUGUGACUGCAGCAGGCAUGUGUAAGAUGUACCUAAGCUUAUGACAACAUUGCAGGUGAAAGCCAAUACUUUUUUUGCAAACUAAAAGCAGAUUGAUGCAGCUCUGCCAGCGAAGGAAGUGUGUAUUGUGCAGCAUUGAUCAUUCAAAAGCUGAAGACAGCCUAACUCAGGAAAGGAAGGAAGCCAGACCACCGUGAGGAGGGUUUGACCUGUUGCUUUGAUGGCUCACUGGUUCUAUACAUGAGACAGAACUUGUACUGAAGUGCUGCCAGUGACUGUACAUCUAUCCUCUGAGAUUAAUCCAACACCAAACCCUAGCUGUGUGUUUGAGGUCACAGUAGCCAUGACUCAGUUGACCUCUUUGAUUACACUGUUCUUUCUUUUUGUAAUGAACAAUUAGGAGCCAUGUGUUCAUUAAUCUCUUUUCAUUUGUCUCUCAUCAUUUGUUCCAGACAAAGCCAAAAUCCCUUUACAAAGUACCUGAUGUAGGUUUACUGCAUCAAACAUAAACUCUUGAAUGAGUCUAAAUGAGUAAAGGACAUCUGCCUGCUUGUGAACAGUCCAGUCAAACCUCCCUGUUACCUGGGCAGUUUUUGGCUAUAAGCCAUGAGAGAUGAGCAGAGCCAGGAUCCAGGACGCCAGUGGCCAUGCUGCAGGAAGCAGCCUUACUCUUGCAGCUGCUGUGGAGCUAGAGGGAUGGGUCUUCCUGCAGCAGUGUCUCUCUGUGGAAAAGGUGGGGUGGUCUGGAGUGACAUACCUGCUAAUCUGUUGCUCUCCUACCCAUGCAGAUGUACAGUCACUUCUGCUGACAGGAAAAAAGUGCUUAAAACUGAGUGGCUGUAAUUGUUUGGAACCAUGUCACAAACCAUGCACAUGGCUCGCAUCCACGCAGACUCUCUCAAAGACAAUCACAUUCAUACCUGCUUCAGCCUAACCACCUUCCUGAAGUGUUUAUGGACACCAGGCAGUUGGGUUGUUUUCUUUUUGCAGUUACCAAGCAUUCAGUGGAUUUGGUGAAACGCUGUAAUCUUGGUUACAAAACACACCAGUGCCUGAAAACAGAGUAAUUGGCUCUUGCAUGACCAUCUGUUGCCUUGUACAUACACGAGGGCUUCUUGUAUUCAUGGCUGGUGGGGAAGACAAACUCGCCAGGUCUGGCUGUCUUCUCUCUUAGUGGUCAAUACAGCUCCCUCCAGUACUAUAAACUACAUACACAUAUGAAGGGGAGACCAAACACAUUUGUGUGUAAACUGAGAAUGAAUUCAUACCUUACAAGCACUGUGAAUAUCUCUUAUGCAAGUUUUUAUACUCACAUGAAAAAAAAAAACAAACCAACCAACAAAGAAAAUCCUCACAACCAAACCAACAAAACCCAAACCUUGUUCCUUCUAGUAAUACAUUUUGGGGGUUUAUGUUUUGUUUUUAAUUUAGAAGGUCUCUCUAUUAUUUUUUUGGGGUUGAUUAGUUUGGUAGAGGUGUGAAGCAUUUAUCAGCUGAUGUUAGAAACUAGCUGCCAAUAUUUGUACAUAUCUGUAAAAUACGUGUGCUAUAAUCACUCUAUUUUAAUGGUAAAAUUUUUCUCCUUUCUGUGAAAGGAAUUUCUUGCUGAAAAGGAAUUAAUUAUAUGUAUACCUGCAAUAAAGUAUGUAUAGAAAAAGGUAA